AUGGCAGUCGAGGACACUUCGAAGCUGACGCCGGACAAGAGCGAGGAGGCUGCCACGCCCGAUGUCUCCCUGACUCCUUCAAGGGACCGCUUGACCGAAGAGAAUGUCGAACAUCUGCCCGAUGAGUCCCACCCACCACCCACCGAGACCGCAUUCAGCACAGUGGCCAGCUCCAGAGACAUUGGCAGCGCCGUUGCCACACCUUUGAAUGGAUCCAACCAGGUACCUAUUGGCCGUCCAGGCAUUGGCGGAUUCCAGACCACAGCUUUGAAGGCGACCGCUGGAACGCCACAUCGCAGUGCAAGCUUCCAGAGGAGGAUCCUGGAACAGCAGGAGGCCGUUGUCAUGCCGGGGAACCACGCUGUAGACAGAGCUGCAGUCCAGUUCGGUAGCCUCGGUCUGGGUGAACCAGCCGAUCUGGAUGUCGACGAGGAACGCGAGGAGGCUGAGACCAGGACCCAGCCACCACAGCACUCGCCUGUCGCGCAGCCUCGCGCAUCUCUUCCGCCUGUAUCCCGUCAAGCGCCUCCUCAGGCAGAAGCUCAGCAGCAAGAUGCCAUUCCGACCCCCAAGCCGGCCCCUGGCUUGCCCAAUCCCUCGCAGCAACAGCAGAGCUCCCACCAAUCGCCCUCCAAUCCACUUACUUCUCAUGCCAUGCAAAACCAAGGCUCACAGUCCACCCAGCAAUACAGUCAGUUCGGACGCUAUGGUCAGACUGGCAUCCAAUCCGAAGCAUCUGCACCUCCUCAGAAGCCUUAUGAUCCAUUUGGUCAGCAGAUACCCCACUCGACCCAUUCGCACUCAAAUCAGUACGAUUACCCCGGUCAGCAGAGCCAGGCCUCCUCCCAGCCCGGUGCUCUAUCAUCUGGUCCUGAUAGCUACGGCUCCCACUACCUCACAGCCGAGCAACGCUCGCAAUAUCAACAAUACUACGGAAGCUAUGGUCAACCCAUUGCACAGAGCCAGCAAGAAGCUGGUGCAGCCCAACAGCGCACUGGAAGCGCUUUUGCCUCCGGUCCCAACGACUCGGCUUACUCUCAGGGUCAGCAACAGUCUCAGAGCCGUUAUAAUGACGCUCAGAACAGCGGGCACAACACGCCCAAUCCUACAGCCCAGCAAGGCCCUGGAUCGCAAGCUCAGCACAUGCAGCAUGGCCAACAGGGACAGCACGCUGGUGGUUACCCAUACAAUCACCCAUACUACGGCAGCCCAUACUAUACUAACUACAUGAACCAAUUCGGUGGUUAUGGUCAAGGAGGAGGCUAUGGAUCCUUCGGAAAGGGCAUGUAUGGACAGCCCCACCACUAUGGAAUGUCCCCUCAGGCUUCCUUUGACCAGCACUCGGCCUCUCCUGCCAACGCUGGCGGCUUCGGUGCCUCGUCUCUUCAUGAACGCUCCACCGGUGUAGGUGGUGGUUUCAGUGAUUACAACCGCUCGGCCUCUGGCACAGUACAGACCCCUGGUGCGACAGCUGCUGCAGGUGGAUUUGGUAGUCUUCCCGACUCAUUCAGUCGUCCCCAGGCCUUUGGACAUCAAAGCUCCUAUGGUCAGCAACAAGGUGGUCAGCAAGGUCUUGGAGAUGAAUCACUGAAACCCUUUGGCGAAUCUAAGAACGGUGGGCCUAGCCCGUCUGCCCUCGGAGCUCAGCCCGGCCGUCCUGGGUCUGCUACGCAAAACACUCCUGGACAAAGCGGACAGGGUCCUCAGCACACGCAGCAGCAAGGCUUCGGCGGCUACCCUGGUCACCUCGGCGGUAAUAAUCAGUAUGGUGGUCUAGGCGGACUCGGCCACCAAAACUCUGGAAGCCACCAGCAACAGAGCGCCUACGGCAACUAUGGCGGCUUUGGAGGACAGUACGGUGGCGGAAGCUACAACCGCGGUGGCUGGGGUGGCAAUUAUGGACAGCACUAG